AUGGUUGAAGAAAAUGAUAUAAGAAACUUCACUUUUUCAUUCAGUUCAAGAUUCUUAAGAGUUCCUUCAAAUCUAAGUGAAGAUCCAAAUCUUGAGAUUUUUAUUCAAAGAGAACCUUCUCAAAGAAAGAGUAAAAAACAAGAACAAGAGAUAGUUCUUCUUGAUCAUGAAGAAGGUGGUAGCAGUAAUGUUACAAAGAUGAAACAUCAUCAACAACAACAACCUUUGCAUAUGAUUAAUCAUAGGAUAUUGAUCUCUGAUGCUGUUACAAGGAGUAGGUGGAGUGAUCUCAACUCUUCUGAUUUGUUAUCAUUGAAAAGUGAGAUGCUUCAUGAUGUGUCAAGUGCAAGAUUUUCUCCUGAUGAGGAUGAGAAUUCCUUUACAGCAUUGAAUCCUGGUGAGAAGAGAUCUAUGUCUGAUAUUCCAAAUGUUCCAAGGUUUGUGGAAGUUGGCAGCAGAAGAAGGAAUGGAAAUGAUGAGAGAAUGUGGAGGAUUUGGUUGCCAAUUGCUAGGAGAACAGUUCAAUGGUUUGCAAGACAAGAAACAAACUCGGUUCAGUUGUUACAACAUAAACAUUUAGCAUCAAAUGUUUGA